GUCAGCUCAUGAUGAAAUCCUUCAUGCAAUCAAACAAAAUCCCUCCAAAAAGCCAAUGCUUAUGAAGUGUGGAAAAUUGAACUGGUGUAAUUCUGUGCGAAAUCUUACGUUGUAAAUUCAUUUAUUUGAUGCAGUCUUUUUUGGUCGACUUCUCGUCUACUUAGAUUCUAUAAAAUGGUUGUCUCAUAAAUUUGUUUUGCAAUCUGCAUACACUAAAAAUUUCGAUUUAAACUACCUUAAAAGUGUCAAUCAGCAAUCUGUAUUUUCACUUGUUUUUCAUUUAUCUCUUUCAUGCGUCUUUUAGUUGCGAUUUCAAAAACUUGAUUGGUCAUCUGGGAGUAGCAUCUCUUUUAGAUUCAGAGAUGUUGAUGUUCUCUUUUUGUUGUCCUCAUUUAGUGCAAAGUUCUGUUGAUUUUUCUGUCGCUUGUGAAAUAAUGCCUUCAUGGAACAGUCAAUAUCAAUAAACUUCGCUGGACAAUUAUGAUUUCCAAGAUAAUAUAUAACAAUACAACAAAUAAUUAAUUAGAGAAGGAAUAUAUGACAAUGCGUAGUCAAGAAAGAGAAGAGCAAAUCGAAUUACGCCGUCUGCGUACUGAAAACGGUUUAUUGUUACAGCGUUUGGCGCGUUUAGAAGAAGAAAGUGCUGUAAUGGCCGACCAUCUUGUAAAGUGUCAGUUAAUACGUGCUCAAGAAGCUGAAGCGGCUAUAGCUUUACGUUGUGAAUUAGCCAUUUUAAGACGAGAAUAUUCUCUGCUAAAUCCAUCACAGAAUACAAAUGAAUUACUGAAUGGUGAAGCUGAAGACGACAUAAAUUUGAUACCGAAUCAUCGAAUGAUACAUAAUGAUGGUACACAGGAUACUACUGCUACUGCUACUACCACAUCAAUAACAACAACGACGACAAUGCAGGGUUCAAUCGCGAAAACAGUUCCCACCACCGAUACUGCCGACACCACUGUCACUACUACCGAUGCUUCAUCAAAUAAUACAACUAACACAAAACUAACCAAUGGUAGCAAUCAGCUGACGCAUAAUCCUCAGGACAACAGUGUACACCAACAAACAAUAACAAAUGGUCAUCAUCAUCCUAUGAAUUUAGGAUCACCGAAUUAUUAUUCUAAAGUCAAUUUCACAAUGGAUAGUAAUCAUUCACCGAAUAGUUCAUAUGAUUUUUGUACACUUCCAAGAUCAAGAAAUCGUGAUCAUAGCACUAACAAUAAUAAAGCCAAUAAUAAUAAUGGAACAGGGAAUUAUAAUGGUGAAGCAAAAACCGAUCAACUCUUAUCAACAACAAUCAAUCAGUUACAAACAGACUUGGUUAAUUCACGUUUCAACGAAGCGGAUGCUAAAAAGGUUUCGCAUGAAUUACGAUGUAAACUGCAUGAAUUAGAAGAGUCGAAAACAGAUCAGUCACUUCGUGCAGCUGAACAAAUCGCUGUCUUGAAAGAUGAAUUAUUCGGAGCAAAACUUAGAGAAACAGAAUUAGUCAAUCAGAUUGAAGAGUUUAAAAGGCGUUUUGAUGAUUUAGAUUCACUUUGGCAGAUGCAUCUUGGCAAAUGUAAAGGUGUCAACAAUGACACUAAACGUGCAUCCCUAUGGAUUGGUUCACUGAAUUCUCUAGAUGCAUCAGAAGUGAACAAUAAAAUGAAAUUUUCCGAUCGAAUACUGGAGACACGAUUCAUCAAUCAAAUCAGUAGUUUAAAACAAAAGAUUACUGAUUUAACUGCACAACAAGAACUAUCCGAUCGUAGAGCUGAUCGGUUAGAUAAACGUGUCACAGAACUACUUGAAUCACGUACAGCAUUCCAAGCUAGAGAGCGUGAAUUAACUAUGGAAUUAAAACAAUUGGAGCAGAAAUGUGCAGACAUUGAAGCAAAACGUAAAGCUGAUGGUGUUAUGUGGCGAAGUCGUGAAAUGGAGUUGAAAGCCCAACUGGCCGAACGUAAACAAGGUUAUUUACAAUUGGAAUAUCAAUAUGAAAGUUUGUUAACUUCUCAACGUCUUCAAGUUGCUACUGGCAGCGGUAGUCAGUCUCUAGAUAAUCAUGAUUUAUGCAUGCGGAGAAAAUCUUCACUAGACUGUGAUAAACUUUUAGAAUACAAUUCGAACACGACUAUAUCAACUGGUAUCGGUGCUACAUCUAAUGUUGUCAGUACCGCCACUAAUGGUACGCCUAAUAAUAAUAAUAAUAGUAGCAGUAUCAAUGGUGUCAAUAGUUCAAAUAAUAAUAAUAAUAGUAACAAAAGUUUCACAUUGGGGAGCUAUUUAAAAUUUGCUCAAUCAACACCUCAUUCAACAAGUCUGGCAAAUUCUACUGCAUCAACACCAAGAGUAUUGAAUCCAGACAACAGUAAUAAUAAUGACAAUAACUCAUCCCCAUCAGCGUACACAGUGAGUUCAGAGGUGUAUUCCAUGUGGAAAGAUUUGCCUCCAUCUGUAAUGACUGAGUCUAUUGGUCCAUUAGAAGAUCUAUGCCUCAUACCAGAUGAUCCUAUGAUUACAAGUGUCUACAUCAAUCCUUCAACAUCAUCAACGUCGUCAUUGUCGCCAACAAAGGAGGCGGAAGUGGCGAUAGCAGUAGCGAACACAACAACAGUAACUCUUACAACCUCUCCGCCACCGUUAACAUCCUCCACUUCUGUCACCUCCUCAUUGUCGUCGUCGAAUAGCCAAAAUUUCUAG